AUGAAACUGCUCGAAGCGGUUCACACUUCGUUGCAAAUUAUGUCACCGGAGUCAAUUUUAUGCAAGGAAAAAUGUGAAAGAGUGAACGCUUGUGAAGACUGCUCACAGGAAACAGCGCAUUACGUUCCUGUAUUCUUUGCUUUGGUUUUCUGUGAUAGGAGGAACAUCGCGCUCACUUCUGUUGUUCUUGAAGAGUUCCGGAUAGAUUUAGUGACGAAAGAUCGUGAAGACAAGUCGUACACGAAGCGAAGGUUGUUUCCAUAG